GUGUUUUGCCUAACAGCCGGUGCGCGAGAGGUCACGGCGGUUGUAGUCUUGGUAGUUGGAGGACGUGGGACCACUUUGGGCAGCGGCGAUGGCUCCGAUCCGGUUUGGAAGGCGGGUGUUUGUGGUGGGAGUCGGCAUGACUAAGUUUGAAAAGCCUUUGUCUCGUGAAGAUUUCGAUUACCCUGACAUGGCAAAAGAAGCAGGUCAAAAGGCUCUUGCUGAUGCAGGUGUUCCUUAUUCAGCUGUGGAGCAGGCAUGUGUGGGCCAUGUUUAUGGUGAUUCAACCUGUGGUCAGCGAGCUAUUUAUCACAGUUUGGGGCUAACAGGUAUUCCUGUUAUAAAUGUUAACAACAACUGCUCAACUGGAUCUACUGCUUUGUUUAUGGCUAGACAAUUGAUUCAGGGAGGUAUGUCGAACUGUGUCCUGGCUCUUGGGUUUGAGAAGAUGGCAAAAGGGUCCAUUUCACCUCAGUUCACGGACAGGGUGAAUCCACUGGACAAGCAUGUGGAAGUGAUGAUGAACAAGUAUGGCAUAGUAGCAGCACCAGUUGCCCCGCAGUUGUUUGGAAAUGCUGGCAAAGAACACAUGGAGAAAUAUGGGACAAAACUAGAACAUUUUGCAAAAAUUGCAUGGAAGAAUCAUAAGCAUUCAACUAACAAUCCGAACUCACAAUUUCAAAUGGAGUACAGUUUAGAUGAAGUGUUGCAGUCACGCAAGGUUCACGAUUUCUUAACAGUUUUACAGUGUUGCCCAACAUCUGAUGGUGCAGCAGCUGCAGUGCUGGCUAGUGAAGAGUUCGUGAAGAAGAAUGGGUUGGAGUUGAGAGCUGUUGAAAUUGUGGCCCAGGAAAUGAUGACUGAUCUUCCAAGCACAUUUGAAGAGAACAGUUGCAUUAAACUGGUUGGCUAUGAUAUGACUAAGGAGGCUGCAAAAAGAUGUUUUUCAAAAUCAGGCCUGAAACCUUCAGAUGUGGAUGUGAUUGAACUUCAUGACUGUUUCUCAUCUAAUGAAUUAAUAACUUAUGAAGCUCUGGGACUUUGUCCUGAAGGGCGAGCUGGUGAGCUGAUUGACAGAGGCGACAAUACUUAUGGUGGAAAAUGGGUCAUAAAUCCAAGUGGUGGCUUGAUUUCAAAAGGACACCCACUGGGUGCUACAGGUCUAGCUCAGUGUGCUGAACUUUGCUGGCAGCUAAGAGGAGAAGCCGGAAAGAGACAGGUUCCCAGUGCAAAGGUUGCUUUGCAGCAUAACUUGGGCCUUGGAGGUGCUGUAGUCAUCACUCUGUACAGAAUGGGCUUUCCUGAGGCAGCAAGGAAUCGACAAAUCCAAGCUAUUCCUACCAGGGCAGCUGUAGAUGGGUUUAAGGCACAUCUUGUCUUCAAAGAAAUUGAAAAGAAACUUCAAGAGGAAGGAGAGCAGUAUGUCAAGAAAAUUGGUGGCAUUUUUGCCUUCAAAGUAAAAGAAGGCCCCGGUGGUAAAGAAGCAACUUGGGUAGUUGAUGUGAAAAAUGGCAAAGGCUGCGUGGAUGUUAAUUCAGAUAAGAAAGCUGACUGCACAAUUACAAUGGCUGAUGCUGAUUUGCUGGCUCUGAUGACUGGCCAGAUGAAUCCACAGACAGCUUUUUUUCAAGGCAGAUUGAAGAUCUCUGGAAAUAUGGGCAUGGCUAUGAAGCUACAGACCUUACAGCUUCAGCCAGGCAAAGCUAAACUUUGAACCACUGACUUCAAGAUGCAGUUCAGACUUGAACAAGUUUCAUUUAAAAAAAACUAGGCUGGAACUAAAUGUUGGAAGUAGCAUGGUACAGGUUUUCUGAAUAUGUGUGAUCAGCUCUAGCUUUCCUGAAGCCUCUGUUCAAUGGAGAUUUUGGCACUGCCUUCCAUAAAUCAGUCUAGACUAUUGCAAAGCAAAUAAAAUAUUAGUGGUUGGGAUAGGUUAAGACAUUUUAUAAUGGUUAACACCAGCAUGAUGUAUAAUAAACCCCUAUUCUAGUCCAUCUAAACAAAAUUGUUAAAAAAAAUCUAAAUAAGGGAUCAAUCUAAUGGAAUUCUUGUGAAAUUUAAAAAGUAAGAAGAGCAGUGGGGAAAGAAUAUUACUUGUUUGGCAAAACAAAGUCUUCCAUAAUUUCAUUUUUAUCUUUAGGAUAUAUUUCAUAGCAGUUCAAAGAAAUCUUCUUUUACUGUGACUGGAAUCCAGAGAGCAAUUUUAGGUAGCCCCAAGGGUUUGGAGAUACCCCAGUGAGAUCUUUUCCUUUCCCCCCCUUUCAGUAACAGGCACACACCACACACACACACACACACACACACAUACUGCUUUUGAAACUCCUCUUGGUUUCAAAGGUGGUGGUUUUGUAUAUGGUCUUGUGGGGGAAUAUUGAUGAAACAAAAAGCUCCUAUGGGUAAGCAGAACAUGUUGUCUGUUUCUUUGGAUCUUAGCCUUUAUUGAAUAGAAUUUCUAAAUUCACAUAUGGGGGAUCUUUUAUCUUACUGGAAAUCAGAUGUUUUGCAUUGAUGGAAGUGAAUUACAUAGCAUUAAUUUUAAUUAACAGCAUAUAAUUAUAGUGCUUUCCCUCUAACAUGUGUUUAUAUGGGCAAAGGAUAACACUACUUAAGCACUUGAUUGGUUUUAGUUAUGCUAUACAGAGUUCUGGAAACUGAUGAUACUUUAAUAAAUUCAUAUCUAAAUAUACUAAUUUUUAAAUCAUUCCAUUUGGCAGUAAUGGGUUCUGGUCUGAAAGUUUUCAUAAUAAAUUUAAAUUGAUUCUUCAGUUUUGGGUCUGGGGGUUUUUCAGUCACAUUUUAUAGAUUAGAGUCCAUUGACAUUGCAUGGUUAAUAUCAAAUGACAUUGGCCUGCAUACAACAUAUGGUACAACAGACUGUUGCUUUCCAUACCAACAUGAAAAAGCUGUGGUGGUUUGUAGAUUACGCAGACGUCUGCAUUACACUUCAUGGAGUGUCCUGUUCAAAACUGAAACUGCAGUGGGGUGCAGUGAAACAAGUUAAUUUUUCAUUCUGUUCUCCUCUAAACAGCGGCCAAGGGGCAGAAGUCAAAUGUGUCUCUUAAAUGUUAUUCCACAUUGAAAUGCCUUUGGAAUCCCAAAGCAUUUCCACAUUUUAUACUUCAGUAAUCCUCUUGCCAAAAACAUUUCCCUGCUGCUGCUCUGACAGGUGUGGUGUGCGUAUAUACUGUAUCCCCUUUCUUUUAAUGCCUUUGUGUUGUGUAAUCAUAAGAAUCUUGGAAAAAGAGAAAUAAAUUGUACUCAGUAGUAGACCAUAUAUUAUGGUAAAUUGGAAACAGAUGUGCAUAAAGAUCUUAAACUGAGUAUGCAACACCCUAUUUCAAUAGGAAAAUACCUUCCUUUGUAUGUUAGAGAAUGCCAUGGACCCAGGAACCAGUUCUUUGGCAUAGUUUUUGUUGUAUCCUUAGGAACCCAACAGUCAUGUUCCUUGUAAGGACACAUGGAAAUAAAGACUAGAAAAUGA